GCCUGAGCACUGCCCGGUUCUGCCAACUCUGCCUGGCCUAAACACAUUCUAGUCCUCUCUAAGGCAAUGCAGAGACCCUCACUCUCUCCCGGCAAUGUCUAAACUCAGCUCUCUGGCAUGCCACAGGACUCGAACUGUGACCCACAGAAGGAGAAGGACACCAGAGAACAGCUACCUGAGACAUUCACAGCUCCGUGGUCAGAGUUGGCCAUGAGGAAGACUCGUACGUGCAUAUACCACUUCCUUGUUUGGAGCUGGUAUAUUUUUCUCAAUUACUACAUCUCACAGCAAGGAGGGGACCAUCGGAAAUCCAAAAUCUUUCUAAAUGGAGGACAGUGGAAAUACUUGACGUUCCUAAAUCUGCUCUUGCAGGCCGUUUUCUAUGGGGUCGCCUGCGUGGAAGAUGUGCUAAAAAGAAUUAAAGUGGAAAAAGACAUUAAGUUCGUGACUGCCUUCAGAGACCUGCUUUUUACCACACUGGCUUUUCCGAUAUCCACAUUUGUAUUUUUGUCAUUCUGGAUCCUCUUUCUCUACGAUCGGGAGCUCGUUUACCCUAAGGCCCUAGAUGGUAUCUUUCCAGAAUGGUUGAAUCAUGCAAUGCACACAUCCAUACUGCCCUUCUCACUGGUUGAAGUCCUCCUCAGGCCACAUUGCUACCCGCUGAGGAAGAAAGGACUCACCUUGUUGGCUGUGGCCAGCCUCGCUUACAUCAGCAGGGUCCUAUGGAUCUACUCUGAGACGGGUACGUGGGUGUAUCCUGUGUUUGCCAAGCUCAGCCCAGUGGGUCUAACAGCCUUCUUCUCUCUCAGCUAUAUCUUUAGCGCCAGCAUCUAUCUACUUGGAGAGAAACUCAACCACUGGAAAUGGGGUGACAUGAUGCAGCCAAAGAAGAAGAGGAAGUGACACAGGCCAUUUUUUAAGACCAAAGGAGGAAGAAAACAUGAGAAUUUUUUUCUUUUCUUUUCCUUUCUUUUCUUUUCUUCUUUUUUAUUGUCUUUUUCUUUCUUCUGGUUGGGGAAGGUGAUGGAGCAACAUAGGAAGGUAGAAAGGACAGAGGAUGAUAUUAAAUUUAAUAAGAGGGUUUAUGAAGGUAGCUUAACUUGGGGACUCUUUGUUUUUUUUUGAAAGGUUUACUGGGCAUGCCCGAAACAACUGCUGUCUCAGAAUUUGUUCCCUUCUUCUGGCUUCUGUGGUCAAAAUCUGGCCAAAGGCCAAGGACAUUUGCAUAAACUUGGUGUUAGAGGAUGUUUAGAAAGAGAAAGGAAUUUGGGGUGGUGGAAAUUCUUCACUUUAGGGAGGAGGGUGCCGAGGAUCUAGAUGAAAAGUCACCUGCACAAGGGCCAAAGAGUUAGUGUCUGAGCCAAGACAAUAGCAUCUGUCCCCAGAUCAUCUAAUUCUCAGUCCUGUGCCAUUUUUAAUAACCGCAACUUUCCUCAGAACAAGUAUUUUUAUAAACUAGUCAUUUUCACGGAUUGCCCAUCUAUUUUGUUUUCCACAGUCUAGACAGAAAUGUAGGGAGACGAGUGCUGCCAAAGUUGUCUGUCCACCUCAUAGGAUUGCAAAUUGACCUGUGCAGUGAGAAAGUAAGUUGUAAAAACUAUGGGGAAACCUGUCCAUCUUGUGAGCGAGCAUUUGGGGCAGGUCCAAAUAUGGGACAUGGCAAUGCCAUCAAAAUCUCUUCCAUUCAAAUAUGGAUUACUUCGUCAAAUAAAUGUACAUCUUACUUGGGGAGCAAGUGACGGGAAGUGACAUGGCCGUGAGGAACCCUAAGAACAUUUUGGUACAAAGCACUUUGCUGAGUUAAGCUCUUAUGGUUUAACAAAACUGAUUGCCAGGUGAUUAACAAAGCAUAUUCAUGAACCCUGCUUUGAUCUUCCUAGUGGGUUUCUGUGGGUCAUUAUUUACAGGCUCUUUAUUUACUGUCUUUAUUUUGUAAAGGAAAUGAAUGACAAGGGUCUACUGAUGGGUGAGUCUAGUGUGUCACCUGUGAAUUGGGUGUGGGACGCAGCGUAAACUGUGCUUGGACUUUCCAACCUAACAUCAUACAAGAGAAAUUUGGUUAAAAAAAUAGGUAAAAUUUGGUAAAAAUGGAUCCUGGAACCACACCAAACCUUGAUUGCCAUUUGACUGGCCAUCGGACCGUUAUCUAUUCCAACAUCAGAAAGCUCAGAAAUACCAAGAAGUCUUGAAGUGUUACAGAAGAGGCCCAACUGACACAGCAGGGCAGGCAGACCACGGGAAGCCUAGCAGAGACACCAAGAAACCUGCUGUCUUCCUCAUCCUUUAUCUACUAAUAUAUAAAUAUGAGCCUCAAGUCUUUUUGGACUGAGCUGAGAACACCACCUCCUUUCCUAUACCUGCUGCUGCUUGACUGCUUCGAGCACCUGGUCUCCGCAGGAGCCCAGAAGCACUUGUCACAGUGGAAAUUCCCCAAAUGUGAAGCCCGCAGGGGAUCACCCAAAUUUUCCACACCUCAAAGACAACUCGAGCUGCAUACUUCUCAGAGCGAUGGUAAGCUGCUGGCUGGGAUGAGCCUGCAGAAUUUUAUUUGCGGCUUCACUGUCCUUGGAACCAAAUGAAACCUUGAUUUCUGUACCACUGACCAAAGUGCAGUAUCCAUUCCAACAGCAGAAUAACCUCAGAACCACCUCCCAGUGAGAACAUACAUCAGCGGGGUAGGGUGUCUGUAGCUUAAGAAGGGGAAAUCGACAAAAUACCUGCAAUGAGUAUCAAAUAAACAGUCAUUAAGACGUA